CGCCCCCUCCCCCACACCCCACGCCUUCCCUUCUUCAAGUCCGUGUCUGGGAGAAAACCGCCUGCGGAUAUCACUUAUUCACAGUUAAGCGAAGGGGAAACAAGUAGAUCUCUCUCACUGACUCGAAUACCGUGAAGCCUGUGUAAAGCAGGACAGACUGGCACUGGCUUGUUAUUCCUCAGUUUGUUGAAGAUAUUUUUGAUGGAACACUACAGAAAAGAAGCGACACGCAAGAAUGAAACGGAGAUGUGCUGCUUUACAUAAACUAAGGUACAAACUCUACCUGCUCUUUGUGUCAUUGUCCAUUGUGUGUGUACUGAAGCUUGUCUACGUAAAGGUCUCAUUGAAAAAACGAUUCUACAUCGAGCCCUAUGGAAUUACAGUAAGAUCAUCCAAUUCUCAGUCUAACAAAGAUGCCAUUGACUGCACUGCCAUUUAUCAGCUGGAUCCAGUAGAAAUUGGCAAGUCUUUGGAGAUAAGGCGGAGAGACAUUGUGGAUUUGGAUGAUGAGAGUGUUGUGUCCUUUACUGAGGACUGUCCGAAAUACCUAUCUGCGAGAGGUUACAAUGACAUCUCCGUGACUGACGAGGAACGUGACUUUCCACUAGCCUACUCUUUAGUAGUGCAUAAGAACAUGCCCAUGAUAGAGAGGAUUAUCAGAGCCAUCUAUGCGCCACACAACGUAUAUUGCAUUCAUUAUGAUCAGAAGUCCUCCAAAUCCUUUAUCGCAGGGGUGAAAAACCUGGCCAAAUGUUUCCCAAACAUAUUCAUCGCCUCCAAACUGGAAUCAGUGCAGUAUGCACACAUCACAAGACUCAGUGCAGAUCUCAAUUGCCUGUCAGACCUAAUGGGGUCAGAGGUCAAAUGGAAGUAUGCUAUCAAUCUUUGUGGGCAAGACUUCCCACUCAGGUCCAACUAUGAGCUGGUGAAAGAACUGAAAAAGCUGAACGGUGCAAACAUGUUGGAGUCAAGCCGACCAAGUGAGCUAAAGAAACAACGAUUCAGCUUUCAGCAUGAACUGAAAGAUGUCCCAUAUGAGUACCAGAAGUUGCCUAUUAGAACUACAGUCACUAAAAGCCCCCCACCUCAUGGCAUUGAGAUGUUUAUUGGAAGUGCGUAUUUUGUCCUUUCACGUGACUUUGUCCAGUAUGUUCAGACUAAUCAGCUGGCAAAAGACUUCUUAGAGUGGUCAUCUGACACCUACUCUCCGGAUGAGCACUUUUGGGCCACACUGGUACGAGUGCCCGGUGUGCCAGGAGCGAUCCCGAGGGCAGAGCCUGAUGUGACUGAUCUGAAGAGUAAAACCCGGCUUGUAAAGUGGAACUAUUUGGAAGGGUCUUUGUACCCCCCAUGCACCGGAAUACAUAUGCGUAGUGUUUGCAUUUAUGGUGCUGCAGAACUCAGGUGGCUCUUGGACUAUGGCCACUGGUUUGCAAACAAGUUUGAUCCCAAAGUAGACCCUGUCCUCAUUCAGUGUCUUGAAAAAAAACUGGAAGAGGGUAAACGUCAACAUGGGUUGAGCACAGUCUCUUAAAAAGGGGUAAGGAUUGAAGACCUUUAUUAAUGGCCUGGUUUAUGGACAUAGAGCGACUUAUGCUAUUGUACUUGUUUCCGACUAAAAUUGUCUUGCACUUAUUAUAAAGCAAAAAAUAUGAAGUUUCGUGUAGGAUUGUCUUUCAUUUGCUGGUGAAAUGUUCAAUGCAAUACAGGUUCCAAAAUAUAUUCUCUGUGUAUAUAUAUAUAUAUAUAUAUAUAUAUAUAUAUAUAUAUAUAUAUAUAUAUAUAUAUAUAUAUAUAUAUAUAUAUAUAAUUUUUUCCUUUAACAGAUCAUCAAAACUUGUGACCUCAAAAGUCAUUUAAAGUGCCUUUCAGCUCCUGCUUAGAGCACAGCGUCUUUAUUGUUGCCUUACUAAAGAACUGUGAAAUGUCUUAUUAAAAAGCACAUUACUAGAAUACCCAAUAUUGUCCCAGUAUCAUACCCAAUUGCCUUUUUUUAUUUUAUUUUUUAAAGAUAAGCUUAAAUGAAAGUUUUCCUACUGUAUUAGCCUAUGUGUGUUUUAGAUACUGAUAUUGUCUCAUAACAGUCUGUACAUGUAUUUUACAGCAAGAGCUCACCUCUAACAGGAACCAAGGAAUCCCUGUUGACAAUCAUAAUUCACUCAAAGAACAAUUAGGUGGAAGAAAAUGUCUCUUGUUUUAAUAAAAUUGAAUUUAAAGAGAAA